UGGCGUCACAGAAGUCGCAGACGGUGACACCAUCAGCAGCGCGACGGGAGUGAGGAGUGGCGCGCCGGUCUCCCUCACGCGGCGGCGGCGGGUCCUGGCGGCAGGGACGGCGGCGACAUGGCUGAGGCCGCGUCCGGAGUGAGCCGCUUCAAGGCGAACUAUGCUAUUGAGCGCAAGAUGGAACCUUUCUACAAGGGCGGGAAAGUACAGCUGGACCAGCCUGGCCGGCACCUCUUCUGCGUCUGUGGUACCAGAGUCAACAUCCUGGAUGUGGCCUCAGGGGCUGUACUAAGGAGCCUGGAGCAGGAGGACCAAGAAGACAUCACUGCCUUUGACCUCAGCCCGGAUGAUGAGGUGCUAGUGACAGCCAGCCGGGCACUGUUGCUGGCUCAGUGGGCCUGGCGAGAGGGCAGCAUUACCCGCCUAUGGAAGGCAGUACACACUGCUCCUGUGGCAACCAUGGCCUUUGAUCCCACCUCCACACUGCUAGCCACAGGUGGUUGCGAUGGGGCUGUGCGGGUCUGGGAUGUUGUACGGCACUAUGGGACACACCACCUUCGGGGCUCUCCUGGAGUUGUGCAUUUGGUGGCCUUCCACCCGGAUCCCACUCGCCUGCUGCUCUUCUCCUCAGCCGCAGACGCUGCCAUCCGCGUGUGGUCACUGCAGGACCGCUCGUGCCUGGCUGUGCUAACUGCCCACUACAGUGCUGUCACCUCACUGACCUUUAGUGCUGAUGGCCAUACCAUGCUCAGCUCUGGACGUGACAAGAUCUGCAUUCUCUGGGACCUUCACAGCUACCAGGCCACAAGGACUGUGCCAGUGUUUGAGAGUGUGGAGGCUGCUGUGCUGUUGCCUGAGGAGCCAGUUCCUACACUGGGUAUGAAGAAUUCAGGCCUGCAUUUCCUGACUGCUGGUGACCAAGGCAAACUGCGCGUGUGGGAGGCAGCUUCUGGGCAGUGUGUAUACACCCAACCACAGCUGCCAGGCCCUGGGCAGGAACUGACCCACUGUGCCCUGGCCCGCACUGCUGGCCUACUCCUCAGUGUCACUGCCGACCACAACCUACUACUGUAUGAGGCACAGUCCCUGCAGCUGCAGAAGCAGUUUGCUGGCUACAGCGAGGAGGUAUUGGAUGUCCGGUUCCUUGGGCCCAAGGACUCCCACAUUGUUGUGGCUUCCAAUAGCCCUUGCCUAAAAGUAUUUGAGCUGCAGACAUCAGCCUGCCAGAUCCUCCAUGGCCACACAGACAUUGUCCUGGCCCUGGAUGUUUUCCGGAAGGGGUGGCUCUUUGCCAGCUGUGCCAAGGAUCAAAGUGUCCGAGUCUGGAGGAUGAACAAAGCUGGCCAGGUGGCCUGUGUGGCCCAGGGUUCUGGGCACACACACAGUGUGGGCACCAUCUGCUGCUCCAGGCUAAAGGAAUCCUUCCUAGUGACAGGCAGCCAGGACUGUACGGUGAAGUUGUGGCCCCUCCCAGAAGCUCUGCUAUCCAAGAGCACUGCCCCAGAUGGUAGCUCCAUUGUCCUACAGGCCCAGGCCACCCAGCGCUGCCAUGACAAGGACAUCAACAGUGUGGCUGUCGCCCCUAAUGACAAGCUGCUGGCCACAGGCUCUCAGGACCGCACAGCCAAGCUAUGGGCUCUGCCACAGUGCCACCUUCUGGGUGUUUUCUCUGGCCACCGGCGUGGCCUCUGGUGUGUUCAGUUCUCACCCAUGGACCAGGUGCUGGCCACAGCCUCGGCUGAUGGUACCAUCAAGCUCUGGGCAUUGCAGGAUUUUAGCUGUCUCAAGACAUUUGAGGGGCAUGAUGCUUCAGUACUGAAGGUAGCCUUUGUGAGCCGUGGCACACAGCUGCUGUCUAGUGGUUCUGACGGGCUUGUGAAGCUUUGGACCAUCAAGAAUAAUGAGUGUGUGCGGACACUGGAUGCCCAUGAAGAUAAGGUCUGGGGGUUGCACUGCAGCCAGCUGGAUGACCGCGCCGUUACUGGGGCCAGCGACUCCUGUGUCAUUCUGUGGAAGGAUGUGACUGAGGCAGAACAGGCGGAGGAGCAAGCCAAGCGGGAGGAACACUUGGUUAAGCAGCAAGAGCUGGACAACCUGCUCCAUGAGAAGCGGUAUCUGCGGGCUCUAGGCCUGGCCAUCUCCCUGGAUCGGCCCCAUACUGUGCUAACUGUUAUCCAGGCCAUCCGCAGAGACCCUGAGGCCUGUGAGAAGUUGGAAGCCACCAUGCUGAGAUUGAGGCGAGACCAGAAAGGUCCUGAGCAGAGGCCCUGCUGCGCUUCUGUGUCACCUGGAACACCAACUCCCGGCACUGCCAUGAAGCCCAGGCUGUGUUGGGUGUGCUACUGCAACACGAACCCCCUGAAGAGCUGCUGGCCUACCAGGGCGUGCGUGCUGCACUGGAGGCCCUACUGCCCUACACUGAACGGCACUUUCAGAGGCUUAGCCGGACUCUGCAGGCAGCCACCUUCUUGGACUUCCUAUGGCACAACAUGAAGCUAUCCCCUCUCUCUACUACCCCCACAGCCCUCUGAGACACAUAAAGGUGUACUUUUCUA